AUGUCACCACGGAAAUGUUUCUACUUCUCUGAGCAUCCUCAGGAUCAAGAUCAAUCGAAGCAGAAUCAAAAGCUCAAUCUCAUUGAAUCUUUUAUUAUCGAUUGCUCCGAUAUCAUCAGUAUCAUCACUAUGGCCAGCCCAAGCCACCCAGGUGCUCCUUCCGAGGGUCUUGCCCUCGUGCCUCCUGAUGCUCUUUUCGAGGAUCCUGAGCGUGUCAAGCUGAUCAAUAUGAUCGCCGAAAAGCUCGGGCAGACAGAACACACCAAGGUGAUAAGUACUUACAAAACUACUUAUUCGGCCUUGUGGCUCGCCGAUAUUGAGAAACUGAAAGGCUUGGUUGGCUAUGAGCCUCUUCUACUUUUUUCCCUGCUACAGACCUUUGAGAUAAGACACAAAAUAGCUGAAAGAUGGUCACAAAAGGACAAGGAUGCUGAAUCAAGAGCUCCGUCUGCUCCGCAGACACCAAUCAAGGCUACACCACCCCGGUUCCCGUCCUCCUCUGCCCCUGGUCCAAGCCCGGGCGAUUCGACAUCUGAGCCUCCCACUUCAACUCCACAACGCCAACCCCUGUCGCUCGAAACAUCAGGAAGUCCUGCUACGCUGAAAAGACCAGGGGAAUCUCUGGGCACGCCUGAAGGGGCGAAGAAGCCUAGAUUAGGCGAAGACGUUGUGGCAGCGGAUGAGUCCCGCGACGAAUUAGUACUUGUCGCGAAAGCAUAUAAGUCCCGUGACCAAUCAGUCGCGGAUGCAUGUAAGCUCCGCGACAAAGCUUGCAUUCUUACAAAAUGCACCAGGGAGAUCUCCGAGUCAUGCCAUUUGUUCCCAUUUUCUAUGAAUGAUUGGCGUAUGCACCGCAAGAAAAUGUUUUUUGAGGGGCUGAGAAUGUUUUGGUGUAAGGAAAAGGUGAACGAGUGGUGUAAAGCCGUCUAUGGAGAUGUCGCCGGGACUGAAAAGCUCCAAAAUCAAAUAUUGCUUAGCCCAAACGCGCAUAAGCUGCACACAGCGGGAUGGUUUGUCUUUGAGCCUAUUGACGAGGAUAAGGUUCAUGGUAAGUGGCUCAAACUUAGGUUCUGGUGGCUGAAAAGACACGACCAUCAAGGAGGGGUUAAGUUUGAUGUUGCCCCACAACUUCCCCCAGAUCUGUGCCCGAAAGAAUAUGGAGUUGCUCUUCAUAGGGUCGACAACGAUCAUCCGCUUGUCUCUGGUGAAGAGUUCACGCUUGAGACGCAUGAUCCAAAGACUCAUCCUCUCCCAGAUACUCGGCUUCUUGAACUGCAGUGGAUCAUGAAUCGUGUGCUUGCCUUAAGGGGUGGCGCAGAACCGGAGGACCUGGAGGAUGAGUCGGAUGGAGACUCGGAUGAGGGACUUGACUAUUUCGCCAGGCCGGUGUUGCAAUCCCCGAGUCUUCCUGGCCAAUCAUCUCCUCCGUCCUCUCUCACCAAUAUCGCGAGCGACGAGCCCAAGGCUAACCCUGUCGUCGCGACGACUGAUACGCUUCGACAUGAACAAGUCGAGGAAUGA